GCUCUGCUUAUAAAACACAACUCGGAUGGGCAGUCAGCUCUCAAAUGCUUUUUUGACUGAAAUAAGGAUAGUAUCGAGCUGCGUUCAAUUCUGGGCUCAGAAAAGAAGAAAAAUUGUGGACUCCCUAUUCAGUCAUUCAAGUCUGACAGUACAAAGCAGAUCAUAACAUAUCUAUUAACUGCAGCUUAAAUACAGCACAAGACUCAUGCCUGAUUGUAACGUCUGUGGAUUUGAAGGAUCUAGUGAGAGUGAUUGUAACCAAUGGACAUAUUCAACUGAGUUCAUUUAAAACUCCCCACUCACAGUUUAAAUUAGCAAUACCCGACAUUCUUCAAGAUGGCUGACCCCUACCAGAACAAUUACUAUCACCAAGGCAGAGGAGAUGCUUAUGGGACGUAUGGAGAAGGCGGCGGCCAUGAUGGAUACGGGUACCAGGCAGACUAUCCCGCUCAGGAAGAGGAUGCUGCCAGUGAUGUCACAGAGGGGCAUGAUGAGGAGGACCAGAUGUACGAGGGGGAGUACCAGGGCAUUCCGCAUCCAGAUGAAAUGAAGGCCACACAAAGGGCUGCACGGACAAAGUCUCGAGAUGGCGCCAGUGCUGCCUCGGAGCUGCAAGAGCUGUCCGAGCAGUAUGAGGACAUCAUGGAGGACUGUGGCCAUGGGAAGUUCCAGUGGACCCUCUUCAUGGUGCUGGGACUGGCUCUCAUGGCUGACGGAGUAGAGUGUUUCGUAGUGGCUUUUGUUUUACCCUCUGCUGAAAAGGACCUGUGUUUAUCCAACGCAGAGAAGGGGAUGUUGGGUCUGGUGGUCUUCCUAAGCAUGAUGGUGGGAGCGUUCCUCUGGGGCGGACUGGCAGAUAAACUUGGCCGGAGAAAGUGUCUGAUUGUGGCUCUGGCCAUCAACUGUGUGUUUGCCUUCCUGUCCUCCUUUGCCCAGGGAUAUGGCUUCUUUCUCUUCUUCAGGCUGCUCUCUGGGAUUGGUAUUGGAGGCACAGUCCCUAUUGUCUACACAUACUUUGCCGAAUUUCUUCAAAUGGACAAAAGAGGAGAGCACUUGUCCUGGCUUUGUAUGUUCUGGAUGAUGGGAGGGAUCUACGCGUCAUUCACAGCUUGGGGAAUCAUACCAAGAUAUGGUUGGGGAUUCAGCAUGGGCACGGAGUUCCAGUUCCACAGUUGGAGGGUCUUUGUGCUGGUUGCUGCUCUCCCUGCCAUUGCCUCUCUGGUGGGGCUGACCUUCAUGCCUGAAAGCCCGCGCUUCCUGCUGGAGAAUGCCAAACAUGACGAAGCCUGGAUGAUUCUGAAGCAGGUCCAUGAUACCAACUGGAGAGCCAAGGGGCAGCCAGAAAAAGUCUUUACAGUAACUCAUAUCAAGGCUCCUAAAACAGCAGAAGACGAGUUUAUCGAGAUACAGGCAGCCACAGGAACUCCGGUGCAGCGCUGGGCAGUGCGUUCAUUGACCCUUUGUAAACUGGUGCUGAAAAAUGUGGCAUCUCUUCUGUCUGUGGAGCUGAGGUUUGCCACACUCUUCAUGGCCAUUAUCUGGUUCUGUAUGGCCUUCAGUUAUUAUGGUCUGUCUGUGUGGUUCCCUGACAUGAUCAAACAUCUGCAGUACGAGGAGUACGAGGCCAAAGUCAAGGUGUUCCAUAAAGAGCGAGUAGAAAAUUUUCAUUUUAACUUUUCUUUGGAGAACCAGAUUCACAAGGAGGGAGAGUACAUCCGUGAUAAGUUCAUCAAUAUAGAGAUGAUAUCAGUGAAGUUUGAAGACUCCCUGUUUGAGGACUGCCGUUUUGAGAACAUCAGGUCCACAGACACUAUAUUUGAGAACUGUACCAUCCGCUCCACUGUCUUCUCUAACACAGAUCUCUGGGAGGAGCGAUUCAUUGACUGUAAGAUGGAGAACACCACCUUUGAGCACAACAAACAUGGUUGCCACUUGGACAUUGUAGAGGAGAAUGACGUCCUCAUAUAUCUGGUCAGCUUCUUGGGCAGUUUGGCUGUUCUGCCUGGCAACAUUAUAUCAGCACUUUUCAUGGAGAAGAUUGGUAGAGUCAAGAUAAUCGGUGGCUCCAUGCUCAUAUCUGCGGGUUGUACUUUCCUCCUCUUCUUGAGCUUCAGCCAAUCAGCAAUCAUUGCUCUGCAGUGCCUGUUUUGUGGCGUGAGUGUAGCAGCGUGGAACGGCAUUGAAGUGGUCACUGUGGAGCUGUACCCUGCCUCAAAAAGGGCAACAGCGUUCGGGGUCCUUAACGCUCUGUGUAAACUGGCAGCCAUUCUGGGUAGUUCCAUCUUCGCCAGCUUUGUGGGCAUCACCAAAGCCAUUCCCAUCCUGCUGUCCUUUGGCGCAUUAGUGGGCGGAGGCUUGGUGGCUCUGAGGCUUCCUGACACGCGAGAGAAAAUCCUUUUGUGAGAGAGAAAGAAAGCCUCUGAUAAAUCUGUGAAGGGAAGCGGGUGAGGAAAUGUAUCUGUGAUUGAUGUACAAUGCCAAACACUUUUCACCUGCUUCUUAUUGUGUUUCACAAUAAUUUGAGAGUAUGCGUUCAGUCUGAGUGAGAAUUCCCAUUUAGUAUUUUACUUUUUAGAAUAUUAUGGUUGUGGUAAGAGCACGGCCAUUACUAUUUACCACAAUUAAUUUUAUUUAUUUGUGAAAUGUUCAUAACAAUUGUCUGUCCAUAUAAACUUAAUAAGUCAAAAAUGAUCACUGACAUUGCA